AGAAGGAGAAGCCUUGCAUCCAAAAUGCCACGCUCCUUCCUGGUCAAGAAACAUUUCAAUGCCUCCAAGAAGCCGAAUUACAGCGAGCUGGACACUCACACAGUGAUUAUAUCCCCAUACCUGUAUGAAAGCUACCCAGUCCCUAUCAUACCACAGCCAGAGAUCCUGAGCUCAGUAGCCUACAAUCCCAUUACUGUGUGGACUACAACUGGGCUGCUACCGUCUCCAUUACCCAACGACCUCUCUCCGCUUUCUGGAUACCCCUCGUCUUUGGGAAGAGUCAGCCCACCUCCACCUUCUGACACCUCCUCCAAAGAUCACGGCGGUUCAGAAAGUCCCAUUAGCGAUGAAGAAGAGAGAAUCCAGUCCAAGCUUUCAGACCCCCAUGCGAUCGAAGCCGAAAAGUUUCAGUGCAGUUUAUGCAACAAGACCUAUUCGACUUUCUCUGGGUUGGCCAAACAUAAGCAGCUGCACUGCGAUGCCCAGUCUAGGAAAUCGUUCAGCUGCAAGUACUGUGACAAGGAGUAUGUCAGCCUGGGAGCGCUUAAGAUGCACAUCAGGACCCACACGCUACCUUGUGUCUGCAAGAUCUGUGGCAAGGCUUUCUCUAGACCCUGGCUACUUCAAGGACACAUCAGAACUCACACUGGAGAGAAGCCGUUCUCCUGUCCUCACUGCAACAGGGCUUUUGCAGACAGAUCCAAUCUGAGGGCUCAUCUGCAGACCCACUCAGAUGUGAAGAAAUACCAGUGCAAAAAUUGCUCCAAAACUUUCUCCAGAAUGUCUCUUCUGCACAAACAUGAGGAAUCUGGCUGCUGUGUAGCACACUGAGUCAUGCAGUCAAUGUUUACCUGGACUCAAUGCAUUUCUCCACUCCUGUUCCAAAUGAUAAGUGGAAAUCCAAAGGCGUUUUCUCAUCUGCUUUUCAGCCAAAAAAA